AUGUCCUUCACCUCCGUCCCCGUACUGGACCUGGACCUGGCCCGGAAGCCAGACACCAAGCCCGUCUUCCUGGAGCAGCUGCGCCAUGCCCUCCUAGAAGUCGGCUUUCUGUACCUCAAGAACGUCGGCAUCCCCGACGGCUUGUUCCAGGAUGUCAUUGACAGGGGCAAAGCCUUUUUCGACAUGCCCCUGGAAGAAAAGCUCCGGAUCGAGAUGAAAAACGCCCGCUCGUUUCUCGGAUACUCGCGCCUGUCUGCCGAGAUCACCGCCGGCGAGACGGACCACCGCGAGCAGAUGGACCUCUCCACCGAGCACCCUGCCCCCCCGCCGGGCUCGCCGCCGUACUACAACCUCCUGUGGCCGAACCAGUGGCCCGACGAGGUCCACGCGCCGGGCUUCAGGAGCACCUACACCGAGUACCUGUCGCGCAUGGCCGCGGUAUCCGUGCUCUUCACGUCGCUGAUUGCCGAGGCGAUCAAGCUGCCGGCCACCGCCUUUGACAAGUACUUUGACCAGGACCAGCAGCACAAGCUCAAGAUCGUCAAGUACCCCGACAUGUCGGAGCUGGGCCGCGGCGGCGGCGAUGAUGAUGGGCCGGGCCAGGGCGUCGGCCCGCACAAGGACAGCAUGCUGACGAGCUACCUGCUCCAGGCGACUCCGCACAGGGGCCUCCAGGUGCAGAACGUGCAGGGGCGGUGGAUCGACUGCCCCCCCGUGGAGGGGACGCUGGUGGUGGCCAUCGGACAGGGCAUGGAGGCGCUCACCCAAGGCGUCUGCGUGUCGACCACGCACAGGGUGCUGUCGCCGCCCGCCGGGUCGGGGGCGAGGUACUCGGUCCCCUUUUUCCAGGGCAUGAAGCUCGACGCCGAGUUUGACGACCUGGAGACGGUCGGGGUGGGCAGGGUCCCCGACGAGGUGGUGGAGCAGAGGAGGAAGGUCUCGGAGCGGACGGGCGGGCGCAUCGACGACGUCGAGUUCACCUUUAGGACCGGCGCGGCGGCCAAGACCCUGGGGGAGGCGACGCUUCGGAAUCGAAUCAAGAGCCAUCCGGACGUGGGGGAGAAAUGGUACCCGGAUCUUCUGAGGGCCAUUCGGGAAGAGCAGGCCGCGGCCAGGGCGGCGCAAGCUCAAUAA